AUGCGUUUUGCGUUCACAUUUGCCAUCAUCGCCUUUAUUGUCACAUUGACAUGUUUCCAGCAAGUAGCUGCUCGUAAAGGAGGAAUUACAGACAAGCGUAUAUUAAAAAAGCUUGAACGACGUCAAAGUGCUGCCGCUGCCUCUGCUGCUGGUCCACCAGGCCCACCAGGCCCUAAAACCUGCCCUAACCCAGCUAAUCCUCAAGACCCAGCAUGCCCUCCUCCAGUUACAGCUCCAGCAGUUCCUGGACUUGUUGUUCCACCUAUCCCACCUCUUCCAGCCGCUCCUGCUUUGCCUGUACCUGGAUUGCCCGGUGUACCUUCUGCUCCAGCACUUCCAGACCUCUCAACUGCUCUUCCUGCUGCAUUGCCAGGUCUUCCUGCUGUUCCAGCACUUCCUGCCACUCCUGCACUUCCAGAUAUCUCCACUACAGUAGCUGGUCUUCUUGGUCCAGGAGGAGGCCAAGAGGAUGCCUAA